GCUGCUGUUGUUCUGGUUCCUGCCAUGAAUUACCUUCAUAAAGCCCUAGUUGCUUCAAAUUUAAAUUUUCAAGUAAAAGUUUCAACUCCCCAAUCCUUGGAUGUUAUCCCUAGGCCUUUCCCACCAUCAACUGCCACUUUUAAUUCUACUUGGAAUUCUACAAUUUAUCAGCUCCUUCAGUUUUUGAAGAACACCAACUCAUAUUACAUGUUAAAUGCCUAUCCUUAUUAUGGGUACACCACUGGAAAUGGAAUUUUCCCAAUUGAUUAUGCUCUUUUCCGACCACUUCCCUCUGUCAAGCAGAUUGUUGACCCCAACACACUUUCUCACUAUAACAGCAUGUUUGAUGCUAUGGUGGACGCUACCUAUUAUGCCAUAGAUGCUUUCAAUAUUUCUGGGAUUCCCAUUAUUGUUACAGAGACUGGUUGGCCUUGGCUUGGUGGAGCCAAUGAACCUGAUGCCACUGUUGAAAAUGCUGAGACCUUCAAUAAUAAUUUGAUCCGGCAUGUUCUAAAUGAUUCAGGCCCACCUAGUCAGCCAACCAUACCCAUUAAUACAUACAUCUAUGAGUUGUUCAAUGAAGACAAGAGGCCAGGGCCAGUAUCGGAGAAAAGCUGGGGCAUAUUUUUCACCAACGGCACUGCAGUUUAUACUCUUAGUUUGAGUAGUUCCAAUCGAAUCACUGGAAAUUCUUCUGUCACCUACUGUGUUGUUAAACAAAAUGUAGAUUCUGGAAAGUUGCAAGAAGGGCUGAAUUGGGCUUGUGGCCAAGGUGGAGCUAACUGCACUGCUAUCCAACAAGGGCAGCCUUGUUAUAUUCCUGAUACUUACCAGAACCAUGCAUCUUAUGCUUAUAAUGAUUAUUAUCAAAAAAUGCGUAGUGCUGGCGGAACAUGCGACUUUGAUGGUACUGCCACAACAACUACAGUGGAUCCCAGUUAUGGAUCCUGCAUCUUUACUGGAAGGUGAGAAUCUAAAUCUGCUCAUGGUUAAUUCAUUUCCUUCUAGAAAAUUAAGUUCACAAUCAUUCACUUAUUUUGGUGACUCUAAAUUUGUGUACAUGUUGAAAUAGUACAAAUUCAAGCACAAGUGGGGCAAAUUUUCCACCAGUGUCACCUGGACCCAUAAGUCCUGAAGGAGGGAGUUCAAGUUCGAGCUUCCAAGCUUCAAUAUUUCAGUCUCUAUUAACUGCAGCGCUUCUCGCUCUAAUCUUGCUUUGACAUCGAAGGUCUAUUCAUUUUUGCACAAUGUUAGGUGGUUCAGUAACUGCAGAAGAUUAGUAGCUGACUAGCUUCAUUAAAGAUGGUUAAAAUGUUAAUUUUGCUAUGUGCAUUAAAGAAUAGGAAAAUUUUCAAUUGUUUUUGUCAUUCUAUCUCAUUUUCAAGGUUUAUCUGCUCAUUUUUU